ACACCUCUAAACUCCCAUCAAUACAAAUUUACAAAGAAGCAAAAGUAAAAAAGUUAACCAUGAAAUCAAUAUGCAUAUUACUUGCAGUUCUCUUUGCCUUGUCCACCCAGCCCUUGCUCGGAGAAGCUGACGCUUCACCUGAACAAGUGGUUGACACAGAAGGCAAAAAGGUUCGGGCUGGAGUAGACUACUACAUCCGACCAGUCCCAACAACCCCAUGUGACGGUCGUGGGCCUUGUGUUGUUGGUAGUGGUUUUGUUCUCAUAGCAAGAUCACCAAACGAGACAUGUCCACUAAAUGUUGUAGUGGUUGAGGGUUUUCGUGGUCAGGGAGUAACGUUUACACCUGUUAACCCUAAGAAAGGUGUUAUUAGGGUUUCAACCGAUCUUAAUAUCAAGACAUCCCUCAAUACAUCAUGUGAAGAGUCCACCAUAUGGACGCUUGAUGAUUUUGAUUCCUCAACUGGACAAUGGUUUGUCACUACCGGUGGGGUUCUUGGAAAUCCCGGCAAGGACACCGUUGACAAUUGGUUCAAGAUUGAAAAGUAUGAAGAUGAUUAUAAGUUUGUGUUUUGCCCUACGGUAUGUAAUUUUUGCAAGGUCAUGUGCAGGAAUGUUGGGAUCUUUAGGGAUAGUAAUGGGAACCAGCGUGUGGCUCUCACUGAUGUGCCAUACAAAGUUAGGUUUCAGCCAUCUGCUUGAAAUAUUUUCAAUACAUGGAACAAAUUGUGUGAUAUGUAUAUGUUUUGUUUAGAGUUGGGUUUGUUUAGACAAAUAUGUUUGUCACAUAUAUUUUUAUAUGAAUAAACUGCAUAUUCUUAUCUUACAAUCUGAUCUAAUUUGUGUUGUAAUAUUUCACUAUAUAUACUACACACAUUUUAAAGUGAUACUUAUGUAUUUUGUUCA